CUCUUUAAUAGGAACGCAGCAGCACAGCUGCGAGAAUCGAACCCACCAGCUCGUGCUGAUCAGCAGAACACCACAACAAUUGAUCUCUGGAGGCCCACUUUUCCUUCGUCCGAGCUUACGCGCUGCACCAGGCGCGUGCAGUGGUUCCUAACCGCUCCCCUUUGAGAAGCACCAUCAGCGUAGCGGCCCCGGGAACUGCCAGAAGCCUGUGCCUGCUUCCAGCGCCAUCGGAUCUCGCGCUAUGGAACAGUCUGCGAGCCCCAAGUCGCUGCGCAGGGCGUCGUCACCGCCGCCGGCGUCGCAGCAGACUCCGCCGCCGAGCCAGCUCCGCAGGACGGCCAGCUCGCCCUCCUUCUGCUUCCUGCCGUGCUCGCUGUCCGAGCUGCUGCUGCAGCAGUCGCCGCAGUCGACACCCACGCCGCCCAGGCGCUGCGAGACCGAGGCCCACGUCGCGGGAGUGAAGAAGCAGACUGCGAUGGCGGGCGACUCGGUGCCCCGGCUUCCUUUCCAAGACUACACUUCACGAAGCUGGGAGCCAGACCUGUGGUCGCGCAGCACGCAGACCGAGUUGGCCGCCGAGAGCAGCACGCAGACGGAGCCGCUGGCCAUCUCCACCGACGGCGCGCAGCUCCAUGAGGAUGAUGCCCGGCACGCGUUCCGGCGGAAGUUGUCCUCUCGCUGGAACGCGAUGCAGUUUGUCGUCACGAUGGCAGCACUCGGCGCCUUCGUCUUCAUCUUGGUCGUCAUCGCCGCCGUUCUCGAAGGAGUGAACAUGAGCCCGAAGGUGGACGGCUUCGAUCUGCUGCCCGACUUCUUCGAGAACGAACCGCCCGUGUCGGCUGCGCACGAGCGCCCCGUGCACAUCACAGCUCCAACUGCCGAACAUUCUGUGACUACUACCUCGCUGGCAACGAACAGCACUGCGACAGAACUGCACGGUUCCCUUAGAACGCAUGCCAAGGUGCGCAAGGUGACCAAGACUUUGCCCCGGCGUCCCGCAGCGAGGCAAAAUAGCACAACGUUUUCGGCGACGAAAAUGCCGAUUACCGCGGGCUCCAGACGGCGGGUGUGGACCCUGUCACCAACCAUGGGCCGUCGCCUGGGUGUGCGGAUCAUCGGCAACCAUGACUACGCCACGCGCAAGGACCAUCUUCAGGAGGUGACGGGAGAUCUCGGCAUGCCAUCACCUAUCAUCGAGAAAUACGACGAUAACAAGAUAUCCGGGGAAAGGGCCGAUCACGAGAGUUCUCCCAAGACGCGCAAGUCCCGAUCGCCGUCCGCGACACCAGCCGGCGACUUCGUGGAAGAGAUCGUCUAGCGCGAGUGCGCUGAAACACCUGCGCACGACUGUCAACAACGAGGAAGAGCGCGUGCCAUAGGAGCAUCGCGAAGGAUUCAUUUCAGCUUUUUUUUUUUUUUAAAUGAAGUAGCUACUGUUGCGAUAGCUUCAGAUAUAAUGCA